CUCGCCGACGCCCCGGCUGACGCCAUGCGGCCACCCGCGGUACGGCUGGUGCGGCGAAGCCGGGUGCCCUACGCCGAGCUCCUGGCCCUACAGGAGCGCUGGUUGCGGCGGCUGCAGGCCGCGCCAGGCCCUGAGGCCCCGUCCGGGGCUGAGGCGGGCGCACUGCUGCUCUGCGAGCCCGCGGGGCCCGUGUACACGUCCGGGCUGCGUGGCGGCCUGACGCCGGAGGAGAUGGCGCGGCUGCGGGCCUUGGGCGCCGAGGUACGCGCCACGGGACGCGGUGGCCUGGCCACUUUCCACGGCCCGGGCCAGCUGCUCUGCCACCCGGUGCUAGACCUGCGGCGCCUGGGCCUGCGCCUGCGCACCCACGUAGCGGCGCUGGAGGCGUGCGCAGUGCGCCUGUGCGAGUCCCAGGGCUUGCAAGGCGCCCGCGCGCGGGCCCCGCCCUACACGGGUGUCUGGCUCGGGGAACGCAAGGUCUGCGCGAUCGGAGUCCGCUGUGGAAGACACAUCACGUCCCACGGCCUGGCUCUGAACUGUUCUACAGACCUUGGGUGGUUUGAGCACAUUGUCCCCUGCGGGCUGGUUGGGACAGGUGUCACCUCUCUGAGUGAGGAGCUCCGAAGGCAUGUCACUGUGGAUGAAGUAAUACCACCUUUCCUUCAGGCUUUUAAAGAGACCUACAAAUGCACAUUGAUCUCAGAGGACAGCCCCAACUGAAGAGUGUUCAUGUUAUCACUGCUGGGAGAUCCUGCUUGAAAAGCAUCAAGUCUAACUUGGAGUCACUGAAACCCAAAUUCUAGACCUGGCCCUGUUAUUCACUUACCAUGAGACUAUGAGCAAAGCAUACAUGUUUCCAUAUGUAUGCUAGUUUAUUUAUAUCUUCCCACCUACCUCCAAUAUGGUGGAUUUGAAAACAUGAAAAGCAACACAUGCUAUAUAAAUGUAAGACAUUAA